AAACACGAUCAGUUUGCGUACAACUUCCGAGCGGAGCGGUUUGCGAUUUCGAGUUCCUCGCGUGAAAAGUGCUGUGUUCAGGUCUAGUCGUGGUUUGUGGUGUUAGUGUGUAGCAUUUUGUGUUCCUUCACUAGAACAGGCUACCACAAUUCGCAAAGGAGCCGCGCCAAACAUAGCACGAUCGCCUGCCAGAGUGGCCUAGUUCUAGUGGGGUGCUCGCUAUACGCGACAGCGACCAGGAAGCCUUCACCGUUUGGUUAUUGGUUGGAUCGAUUGUUGGGAACCAGUUUUUUGUGGUGGAUUUUUUUCUUCGCUCGUGUCUGCUUGUGUGCUCUGGAGGUGACUUGGGUAGCAGCAACAGCAGCAGGCGGCGAAACUUCUGACUUUCGCACCCCGAGGAACCACGUUUUGGAGCGAUCGUUUGUCGGCUGUUGGUGUGCGAAGAAAAGUAAAACAUUUGAUCCCCGCGAUUCUGAGGUGGUAAUUGAAACGAUCGAUAAUCGCGUCGCCUGAAGCAGCUCCGGAGAGCGUUUGUCCGGACGAGUGGACGUAGGAAGAAUCGAAUACACCCGAUUGGUAAAUUAAAAAAUAAUUUAUUUUGAAAGUGAUAAACAAGUGUUUACGGUGGUUAUCUACUUGUGUGUGCGCGCGUGUAAGUCCCCCUUCACCGUGAAGUGGCCAAUCCAGAUGAGCCCGAACAAAGUCCGGCCUCAGUAGGAGCGUGAUAUUCGAAGGGGUUCGUGGCUUGCCGUGAGGCAGAAAUAAGAGUCUUUCAUUUAGGCCUGUCUAGGCAGCAAGUGGCCGUUUUUUGGUGAAGAGAAUGAAAGUCCAGCUGGAGGAUCCUCUGCCGCUGCUGAUGUUUGAGCGUCGGCACCAUCGUCGCCGCCGAAGAAGACAUCAAAAUUUGAUGGAUGAUGGCGGUGGAGGUGACGGAGUUGGAGGUGGAUCUAAUUCCAGUCGCCAUCGCAGUUGGCGGCUGUCCAAGUCAGCGCUUGUUGUUGUUGGAAUAAUCUAUGCGUUCGGCAGCUGGGCCGGUGUCGGUUGUCAAGUUUGCGGACCUCCGGCGAUUCCGGCGAAUGCGCGCGUCCAGAUACAACCGGCGGAUGAUGGAGGGCCGGGUUACCGGUCGGCCAAGUACGAGUGCGAUUCCGGCUACGAGCUGUUCGGAUCGGAAACCAUCCGGUGUGACCCGAUCAAGGGUUGGGAACGGGAACUGCCGUUUUGUGGAACGAAUGUGGCGUUCCGAAAGCCGGUAAAUCAAUCGUCCGCGACCCGUUCUGGGCCGGCGGGCCUGGCGAACGACGGCAAACCGGGCAACCAGAACCCGGACGGGCAGGAAUGCUCGGAAACGCAGAAAGAAGCAUCACCGUGGUGGCGGGUGGAUUUACUGACCCCGGAAGCGGUGCGAGUUGUUCGGAUUACGACCCGUGGCUGUUGUGGUCAUCAGCCCCUGCAGGAUCUGGAGAUUCGAGUCGGUAAUAGUAGCUCCGAUCUGCAACGGAAUCCUCUGUGCGCAUGGUAUCCGGGCACUAUGGACGAAGGUACGACGAAGAGUUUCACCUGCGCGCGGCCACUGAUCGGACAGUUCGUGACGGUCCAACUGGUGGGCGUCGAGAGUAGCCUGAGCCUGUGCGAGGUGGAGGUGUUUUCGAAUGAUGAAUUUUCGCCGGAUCGGUGCGCGGCUCCGAGUCUCAACGCGGAUACCGUGCUGACAACAUUCGCCAAGACCUGCUACGAGUUUCAUAUCACCCGAGGCGAGAGUUUCGACAAGGCGCGACAAGUUUGUCGUUCACAUGGUGGCGACAUAAUUCACGACUUCCGAGGUGCGACGACGGAUUUUAUCAUCUCCGAGCUCGAGCGAAGGAAGACGGACCUGCGGACGCAACUGGUGUGGAUCGGUGCCCAGAAAGAGCCCGGCAUCACGGCCCGCACAUGGAAGUGGGUGAAUGGUGACACGGUACUGAAGCCAACCUGGGGAAAGGAUCAACCGAACAACUACAACGGCGAACAGAACUGUGUCGUACUGGACGGCGGUCGGAACUGGCUGUGGAACGAUGUUGGUUGUAAUUUGGACUAUCUGAACUUUAUCUGCCAGCACAACCCGCUGAGUUGUGGAUCACCGGACGCCCUGGUCAAUACGACCAUUGUGGGCAAGAACUACACGAUCGGAGCCAACAUCAGCUACAGCUGUCCGGUGGGCCAUUCCUUGGUUGGUGCCGCACAGCGGCUUUGUCAGCAGACGGGCUCCUGGAGUGGACAACCUCCAACGUGUAAAUACGUGGAUUGCGGGCGUCUACCGAACAUCGAUCACGGUGGCAUUUUCCUGUCGGAAAAGCGUACCAGCUUCGGGGUGACGGCCAGCUACAGCUGUCACGAAAACUACACUCUAAUCGGAAACGAAAAUCGAACUUGCACUCUGGAAGGGUGGUCCGGUACGGAGCCGAAAUGCUUGAUUGACUGGUGUCCGGAGCCACCGCCCAUCCAGGGCGGCAGCAUGAAAGUAUCCGGCCGGCGUGCCGGCUCUACUGCAAUUUACUCCUGCGAUUAUGGCUUCGUGUUGAUUGGAGAACCGAUACUGUCCUGCGGACUGGGUGGAAACUGGACCGGCAAGACGCCGGUUUGUCGCUUCGUGGAUUGUGGAAUGCCUGCCCGACCGGACCGGGGUAAUUUGCUGUUGGUUAACGAUUCCACCACGGUCGGUUCGAUUGUGCGGUACUUCUGCGAUGACGAUUACUGGCUGGUCGGUCCACAGGAGCUCUACUGCAGCAAGGAUGGUAAAUGGUCUGGUAGUGCACCUGCUUGCGAGCUGAUCACCUGCGAGACUCCACACGUCCCACCGGGAUCCUACGUCGUCGGUUACGAUUACAACAUUCAUUCGUCGAUUCAGUACCACUGCGAUCCAGGCCACAUCCUGCGAGGGGAGGACACCCUCACCUGUCUGGAGUCGGGGCACUGGAGUGGGGAUGCACCGGACUGCGAGUAUGUCGACUGUGGACCACUAACACCGAUUCCGUUCGGAUCGCAUCGUUACGCCCAGAACACCACCUACCUUGGUUCGGAGGUUUUCUACUCGUGCUCCAACUCGCACCGUCUGAGCGGCACUCCAAAGCGAACCUGCCAGGAGACGGGCCUAUGGAGUGACGCAGCGCCGCGCUGCGAAGAGAUACGCUGCCCGGAACCGACCUUUGCCCCGCACAGUAUUCUGAGUGUGACCGGAAACGAUCGGAUGUACGGUCGGACGCUGAUUCGAACCUCGGACCUGGCGUCGAACAGUGUGCAAACUUACAAGAUCGGUGCCCUGGCGAAGUACCGCUGCGAGCGGGGGUACAAAAUUGUUGGAGAGCCACUGAUAACGUGCGAAGAGAAUGGGCUGUGGAGUGGCGAGAUUCCGGAGUGUGUUUACGUCGAUUGUGGCGUGCCUGCCACGACCAACAACGGCCGGGUUACGUUGGCCACCAACGCCACCUAUUACGGAGCGGCAGCACUGUACGAGUGCAACCAUAAUUACAAGCUGGAUGGUGUUUCCAGGCGGUUGUGUAUGGAGGACGGCAGCUGGAGUCACGAGACUCCGGCUUGUGUGGAAAUCACCUGUGACGAGCCGAACAUGGCCGACAAUCUGGUGGUGGAUCUCGGCAGCCGGAAGGUAGGUACGACUGCCAGAUUCAACUGUGCCAAGGGUCGGUACAUGGUCGGAAACGGUACCAGGACGUGUCAGCUUUCGGGCGUUUGGUCCGGCCGGAAUCCGGUGUGCAAAUUAAUUGAUUGCGGUCGACCGGCUGACAUCGAGAACGGACGGGUAAUCGUGGUGAACGAAUCCACCGUUUACGGUGGAUCGGCUGAGUAUCACUGCAUCCCACACUACAACCGGAUCGGUCCGUACUUGCGAAAAUGCAUGGAUGAUGGAAAGUGGAGCGGUGAGGAACCGCGUUGCGAGUUGAUAGUCAACGAUGCCCAGGAAACGAACAGCUUGGGCACCGGUAUCGCAAUCGGAGCCGCCAUCAUCGUCAUCCUGCUGAUCCUGAUCGGCGUGCUGUUCCUCCAUCGGAACAAAUCCCGCCCGGUGAAAAACACGGAGAACGUCCAAGCGGCGGAGCACAAAGACGAACAGAAUGCGGCCGUAAUGUCAUACUCAUCACUGGAGAAUGGGCGGCAUAACUUUGAUCUGCCGAAUCGGGGCAAUUUGGUAACGUUUAACACGUUCCAGGCCGGUGGCGGUGCCAAUGGGCAUCCACCUCCUCCCAGUAGACUAAAUAGUAGUAAUGUUAACGUAAGCAAUAAUAAUAGCUUAAGCAGUAGGCACAUGAAUGGGGGCGAAAACAUCUACGAUCAGAUACCAAAUGAGCAGUUCUACGAUGCCCCGUAUGAGAUGCGCAGCAACGACGAAGUGUACGAACCGGAGCCGACCGCCAGGGGGAAUGUCAUCACCAUCAACGGGGUUAGCGUGCGAUAAAUUCGCUUUCAUACCUAUUAAUCGUAAAGAAUUUGGUUAUUUAGUUUGUAUACCGAAAGACUAUGCCUAGAAAAGAGCCAAGAGAAAAAUUUUAUUCGUCCAAAAAUACUAAUUUAUUAGGCCAUCCUAUUCAAGAAUACUGCGGGCGUCUGCCUCGCUUGUGUAAAUAUUUCGUUUUAAAAACCAUCAAAAUUCUACCCCCCCUAAACAGCUAGCAACUUAGCAUAUUAUAACAAGAAAAAAAAACGGACUCGAAACAAGUGCUUCCGAGGUAUAUUGUACAUAUUAAAUAUAAUCAAACUUAA